AUGCCCCCCAAGCAAAGACACCUAGCUGUGAGAAGCAAAAUGAGGCGAGCUGGCUGGUGCUUAUAUUCGGCCCAGAAUUUUGAGAAGCAAUCCGUUGAUGUUACUCUACGUGAUCAAAUGCAUCAGCCUGAAUCGGCUGAAUUUGCCUCGCUGACGCUCUUGCAGCGGGCUCAAAAUACAAUUAACCUUCCCAAAGAUUUGUCGCAGGCUCAAGAUAUCCUCUCUUGUGAGAUGGGCGCUCUCAAGGUACACCUCUUCCAGCCAUUCCUGCAAACUGGAUCUGGUUUAUUGGUCAUAUCACCUCCUGUGGCCACGUCGCCCGCUGGCGUUAUCAACAAGGUGUCAAAUGGAUGUUGGCCUACGAAGAGCUCAAAGAGCUGUCGGUUGGCUUCACAAUAUACGCAGCAAACAUUGCUUUGCAAUUAUCUUGACAAGCAACCCCUGGGAGUCUCCCACUUGGAAAGUGUGCAUCAAUUAUGUCUGGAAUAUUGGGCGCAAGAGGUUCGUAAACCAGACAUUGAUGAGAUCCAUUGGGACCUGUUAUGA